AUGCAAUUAACAGAGGAAGACGACUUCUUCCACGGGGACUCAACGCCGACCACUUCAGCUCUUCAGUCCGACGGAUCCGCCGGCUCUCCGGCCACAAUGUGCAGUGAAUGUUACGAGAAUCAGACAUUUGUGAACGACGACGGGACGGUGAACGGCCACAAGCCCAGCUCCUUUCCCGCAGCACUCCAGAACAGCAACAAGAGCAGCAGCCAAACCAGUGGAGUUAUCCUGGACAUCUCAACUCUGAGGAUGGAGCAGCCGGAAAGUGAGGUGCCACCACUGCCCCCACGCUUCCGGUUCAGGGAUCUGCUGCUCGGGGACCAGAACCCCCAGAAUGAUGACAGGGUGCAAGUAGAGUUUUAUGUGAAUGAAAACACUUUCAAGGAGCGUCUGAAACUUUUCUUCAUCAAAAACCAAAGGUCAAGCCUUCGGAUUCGUGUUUUUAACUUCUGCUUGAAGCUGCUCACCUGCCUGCUGUACACCAUCAGGGUGAUGACAGACAACCCCAUUCAGGGAAACAGCAGCAGCCACAGCGCCGUGCAACAAAGCACUUCGAGCAGCAACAACAAAUGCGUCGACUGCCAGUGGAAUGGAUCAGUGCAGGACAGAGAAAUUAACUGGGAGUUGAUCUUCUGGGUGGACAGGAAGGUUCCUGUGUGGGCCAUUCAAGUGAUUGUGGCCAUCAUUAGUUUCCUGGAGACUAUGUUACUAAUGUAUCUGAGCUACAAGGGGAACAUUUGGGAGCAGAUAUUUCAGGUGUCUUAUCUUCUGGAGAUGAUCAACACAGUUCCCUUCAUCAUUACAAUCUUCUGGCCAUCAAUAAGGAACAUCUUCAUUCCAGUAUUCCUCAACUGCUGGCUUGCUAAAUGUGCUUUGGAGAACAUGAUUAAUGACGUCCACAGAGCCAUCCAGAGGACCAACUCGGCUAUGUUCAACCAGGUCCUCAUUCUGAUCUGCACACUGCUAUGCCUUGUCUUCACCGGCACAUGUGGGAUUCAGCACCUGGAGCGAGCAGGCAAAAACCUCUCCCUCUUCAAUUCCUUCUACUUCUGCAUCGUCACCUUCUCCACCGUGGGUUUCGGAGACGUGACUCCACGCAUAUGGCCCUCUCAGCUGCUGGUGGUCAUCAUGAUCUGCGUGGCUUUAGUGGUUCUACCUCUGCAGUUUGAAGAGCUGAUCUACUUGUGGAUGGAGAGGCAGAAGUCUGGAGGGAACUACAGUCGCCACAGAGCUCAGACAGAGAAGCAUGUAGUGCUGUGUGUCAGCUCCCUUAAAAUAGACCUGCUCAUGGAUUUUCUUAAUGAAUUUUAUGCACACCCCAGAUUGCAGGAUUACUACGUGGUGAUCCUGUGCCCAAGUGAAAUGGACCUCCAAGUGCGACGGGUGCUGCAGAUUCCCUUGUGGUCUCAAAGAGUCAUCUAUCUGCAAGGGUCUGUCCUCAAAGACCAGGAUCUGCUGAGAGCCAAAAUGGAUGACGCAGAGGCUUGUUUUAUCCUGAGCAGUCGCAACGAGGUGGAUCGCAUGGCUGCGGACCAUCAGACCAUCCUAAGAGCUUGGGCAGUAAAGGAUUUUGCACCAAACUGUCCUCUUUAUGUCCAGAUACUCAAACCUGAAAACAAGUUCCAUGUAAAGUUUGCAGAUCAUGUUGUGUGCGAGGAGGAAUUCAAGUACGCCAUGCUGGCUCUCAACUGUGUGUGCCCCGCCACUUCCACUUUGGUCACGCUCCUUGUGCACACCUCCAGUGGACGUGAAGGAGAACAGUCUCCAGAGCAGUGGCAGACGAUGUAUGGAUGUUGCUCCGGCAACGAGGUCUACCACAUCCGAGUGUGUGACAGCAAGUUCUUUGGGGAGUAUAAUGGCAAAAGCUUUACCUACGCUUCCUUUCAUGCACACAAAAAGUAUGGCGUGUGUCUCAUCGGUAUAAAAAGGGAGGACAACAAGAGCAUCCUGCUAAAUCCUGGGCCCCACCAUAUUAUGGCCACCACAGACACCUGCUACUACAUCAACAUCACCAAGGAGGAGAACUCAGCCUUCAUCUUCAACCAGGAGAUAAGGAAGGGGCGUCCUGCUGGAGGACUGUUCGACGGACCUUUACAGCUUCCUGUUCACAGCAUCAUUGCCAGCAUGGGUACUGUUGCUAUGGAUCUCCAGAACACGAGUCCUCCCAGCGGCUCAGUGGGUAAAUUGGUCCCACCUACAGUAAAUGGAACAGCCAGUCGUCGUCCGAGCAUCGCUCCAGUUCAGGAAAUAGCAGACUGCGCCUCAAUCCUGCCGUGUGACCUCCUCAGUGACCAGUUGGAAGAUGAUUCUGUCUUCACAGAUGAAAAGGGCCCCUCUACAGAGUAUGUGAAAGGUUAUCCGCCUAACUCUCCAUACAUCGGCAGCUCACCCACGUUGUGCCAUUUGUUGGUUGAAAAAGCCCCAUUUUGCUGCCUACGUCUUGACCAGGGAUGCGGGCACAACAGCUUUGAGGAUGCCAAAGCUUACGGAUUUAAAAACAAGCUCAUCAUUGUGUCAGCCGAGACGGCAGGAAACGGUCUCUAUAACUUCAUAGUGCCUCUCAGAGCUUAUUACAGACCCAGGAAAGAGCUCAAUCCCAUUGUCUUACUGUUGGAUAACCCGCCUGAUAAUCACUUCCUGGAGGCGAUUUGCUGCUUCCCAAUGGUGUACUACAUGGUUGGGACAAUAGACAAUCUGGACAAUCUGCUCCAGUGUGGCAUCAUCUAUGCUGAUAAUUUGGUUGUUGUGGAUAAAGAGAGUACAAUGAGCGCUGAGGAGGACUACAUGGCAGAUGCCAAAACUAUUGUCAAUGUGCAGACAAUGUUCAGGUUGUUUCCAAGUCUCAGUAUAAUCACAGAGCUUACUCAUCCAUCCAACAUGAGAUUCAUGCAGUUCAGAGCAAAAGACUGCUAUUCACUGGCUCUCUCCAAGCUAGAGAAGAAAGAGCGUGACAAGGGCUCCAACUUAGCCUUCAUGUUUCGUCUACCCUUCGCUGCAGGCAGAGUGUUUAGUAUAAGCAUGCUGGACACCCUCCUCUAUCAGUCUUUCGUGAAGGACUACAUGAUUCUCAUUGCAAGGCUGCUGUUGGGACUGGACACCACACCAGGAUCAGGAUACCUGUGUGCUAUGAAAGUAACAGAGGAAGAUCUGUGGAUCGGUACAUACGGGAGAUUAUUUCAGAAGCUCUGCUCCUCCAGUGCUGAAAUUCCUAUUGGGAUUUAUCGCACAGAGUCCCACAUUUUCUCUACUUCUGAGUCCCAGGUGUCAGUCAGUGUCGAUGACUGUGAAGACACAAAGGACAGAGGAGACGACUCCCGCGGCAACAAGGAGUCCGAUCACCCCCCCCUGAGGAAGAAGAGCAUGCAAUGGGCCCGACGUCUGAGUAAAAAAAGCGUUAGGUGGCAAGGGGGGAACCGAGACUCCAGCAAAGAUCAAGCCCAGCGCAUCGCUCAGCAGCGCCUGAACCUCUACAGGCGCUCCGAGAGAGAGGAACUGUCCGAACUGGUCCGCAACCGUAUGAGGCAUCUGGGCUUGCCCACCUCUGGAUAUGAAGAUCUGUCAAAUCUGACAGCCAGUGACGUUAUGAACAGAGUCAACCUGGGCUACCUACAAGAUGAGCAGAAUGAUCACCAGAAUACUCUGUCCUAUGUCCUUAUUAACCCUUCUCCUGACACCAGGUUGGAGCUUAAUGACAUUGUGUACUUGAUUCGCUCUGAUCCUCUGGCUCAUGUUCCCGAGGUGCCUCCUGUCCGCAGCAGCAGUCUGAAAGAGAGACACGAGUCCAGCGUAGAGGCCAGAGAAGACACCCAGCUCUGAUACCAUACUGGUCCUCACUGGUACAUGUCACCCUUAUCACUCAAGGAGGUUCAGUCUGAUAAAGGACAAUUCAGGCUGCCGUGGUCCAGUCUGCAGUUGUAUGAUGUGAGUGCCUACUGCUCGUCUGAUGACAUUUCAUGUCAUCUGUGACAUUUUCAGCCACUUUCCACAAGUGCUGUGUCUUAGAAUAGUGCAUCCAUUACUUUUGAGCUCUUUAGAUGAGCUGUCAGGGACAGGAUCGUUGACAAAUGAUCAAGUUAUCAGUUAUCAAACUGAAGUGAUUUCAGUCUGGGCCAUCAUACCUGCAGUGUUGCUCUUAGUUAAUCCAUGUAGUUUACCAAAACAAAAUGUUGAUGAUCAGUCAAAUUUCCCAAAUUUAAUUUUGUAUAUCAGUAUUAAAUAUCUUGAAAAGCGGAAGUUAGCGCAUUUAUCUGACUUUUGUAACCUUUUUGUAGAUGUUUGAAAACAGUUUCAUAUCCAAAUAGUGAUUACUCACACUUGCCUGUUUACCUGUUUACCGCUAGUCCCAUACUGUAUAAUCGCACAACACCACUUUCUGCACUGAAACGUGCAUUUAAGUUCUGAAAACACACUUUAUUCGUAGCUAGAUCAUUACAGUUUCUUGGUGACGUGAGUUUUAAGUUAGUAAGUAA